CAAGACCCUCUUUUUCCAUUUCAAAAUCUUUCCCUGUUGUUUUCAUUCCACGAGGCUGCACUGCACGCCACUAAACCCAACCUCACUCUCAGUCUAUAUAUUCACAAACUCGUUACCGUUUCAUUCAAAAUUUACUCCCACCGCACCAUGUCAACCAACCCCAAACGCCACCCACCCCCACCGCACAAAAUCCUCAACCUCCCCACCGCAAAAACUCGCCGGAAAAAAUCUCGAAACGCAGCCAUGAAGCCUAACAGAAAUGACUACUACAAGGGCAAGCUCGAGAGCUUGUUUGAUCAAGAACGCGAGUUCUCGAGGACCUCUCCGGACGUUGUGGUCGCGAAUAAUACUACUGGAGUUGCCGCGGAGAAGUGGAGGUUUCAAGUGGAAAUGCUGAGGGCUGAGUGCAAUUUUUUGAGAAUGGAAAGAGAGUUUGCAUUGAAGAAACUGGAGAGGAAUCGAGUUAAGAUGGAAAGGACUCUCCAUUCUGCUGUCAACGCUCUGGUCACUGGAAGGAAAAAAAUCUAUGAAGGGGAGAAUGUGGGAGUGGUUUUGCAGGAAGAAAUCGAAGAAUUAUCCGAGAAGCUAGAGGAAAUUCAGAGAAGCUACGGAGUUGGAGACUAUGAGGCUCAAAAGUGUAGCAAUUUUGACAGAAAAACCGCGAUUUUGCAGAAGAAGUUGGAAAAGCUUGGGGGAUUAUCUGAUGAAAAAUGUACUCAACAGACUCCGGAAAUGGCUGAGACAAGUAUGUUGUCUAUUGACACAAGUCAUGAAAGCAAUCCGAAUUUUAGUGAGGUAGAGGUACUGAGAAUGAAGAUGGAGGGAGUGUCAAAGGGGAUGCUAGAUAGAAUGGAGGAGGAAUACGGAUCGAUGCUCUCGACGACAGGGAACAGUUCUGUAGCCAGUAGUUCUGCUUCUACUUCCAUGAGAAUUGAUCAUCUAGAUUCCUCUUCUUUCUCUACCAGACAACAGCAUCAGGCAAAAGUGUCACUUGAGGAGAAAAUAUGCUCAGGGCGCUGCAAAGACGUGGUGAGAAGGAUUGUAGAACAAGUGAGAGCUGAGACAGAGCAAUGGUCUCAAAUGCAAGACAUGUUGGCAAAAGUAAGAUCCGAGAUGGAAGAACUCCAGAAUUCUCGGGAUUUUUGGGAAGGCCAAGCACUCACUUCUGAUAAUGAGAUCCAUUCACUGCAAGCUUCGGUAGAAGAAUGGAGAGGAAAAGCUCUGGAAUCCGAAACCAAGACAAAGGAGCUUGAAACUGAAGUAUCUGCGCUCAGGAAAGAGCUCGAAAAGACGAAAACAGAAGCAAAAAGAGUGACAGUGAUCCCGGAAGAUUUGGAGUCAAGUCCUUUAACCAAAAAGCUUGAGAAGGAGAAGCACAAACUUGUUUGUCACAUGAAACAGAUGGAUGUUGCUCCAAUUUCAUUAGGCAGACAACUCGAAAAAGAAAAGCGAAUAUAUUUUCGGAAAGUGAAGGAAAAGGAAAAUGACAAUCUUCACCGGCUGGUUAACCAGAAAGGUGGUGGUGGUGGUGGUGGUGGCAAAGAGAAUACUAGUAGUAAUUUACAGACUGAAUUUGUAGCUCAUAGAAGGACUGCAUUUCGAGAUAUUGGAAAUGUUAAGCACUACUUUUAGAUGGAUGAAUAAAUAAUAGUAGUAACAUGAUGAUGUGAAGCUGAAGCUGGCAAACAUUUUUGUGCAUGUAUAGCCCAUAAAUUUCUUUUCUUUUUUUUCUGCAAAUAAUGGUGUAAACA